CUCCAGCGGGGCGUGAAGAACGAUGAUCAUGUUCAUUUGCGGGCAUGUACUUUUCCUAGGUACUCGUAUGCAUGUAUGAGUAUUUCUUCGCCCCUCCUCCUCCUCGUCCUUCAUCCGUUUCUUCAUCCGCUCCAUCCCACCGUGGGACCCUUCGAGUACCCAACCAUCUCCGGAGUCUACAUAGAAGGAAUUUCUGAUAUAUCAGAUGUGUAUUCCUUCAUCUGUAGGUUUCCCCAGCCCAACGCUCGCGAUCAGAACGUAUCCGUACCCAAAACCCUGCGUCCCACACAUCACCACCUGCCCCGCUACCGAUGGAAAAUUUAUACGCAGAGAGAAUGGCGCAUAAACCUGUUCUCUAGUUAUUCACCAUUUAAUCUGCGUCCUUCGAUCCUUCGGAAUCCGAAUCCCUCGACCGACACAGCCCGAUUCCCCCGGAUCGGUCGGCCGGCCAGUCGUUCGCUGACUGUCUCGGCGUCAAGCCUGGUCUUUCUCACAUUUUUCUCCUCAUUUUUGUGGGGGUUAUUAAUAACACGGAUGACAUGUCGAUUCUCCGGUGUCCAGUGUCCACCCCCACCCCCACCCCGCCCAGCGCCCGCCCCGCCCGCCCCAAGCGAAAAAGCUUAUUGUACGAACUCAUCACGUUCUUCCGCAGUUGUCCGCAUCGGGAUAAAAUGCCCGUGAGAUCUGGACGCUCCGCCGCACAUCUCGGGUCGCGCCGAUUGGGUCGGCGACCUGAAGAUCUAGAUUCCGCGAAGCCUGACUGGCGGGUGUGAGGGGUGGAGU